UAUUACACUGUACAGCGUGCUACACACAUUGCUGCUUUUUACUACAGUUUUUGAAGACAUGGCUUGGAAUAAAUACCAAACGUCAUAUAAGCAAAGGACAUGUUGUCAGUGGUUAUCGUCGUCCGUGACUUUGGCAGACAUACAAGGGACUUUCCGCUGUAAAACGAUAUAAGUUGUUACUUUCGGUUUCAGUUAAACACAGAUCAGCUCGGUCGAAGUUUGGAGUAGCAGGCUGUUGAGUCUUACUCCAAACUAACCUUAGUUUGUUAGAUAAAUAUCGGGUUCCGUCCUCAGGAUAAUAUCUAACCGUGACAUCAAACUUGGUUGGUCGAAAGGGAAUGUAAGUAGAAUAUAAACAGCUGUAAUGCUAGCAGCUAAACUGAGCUAUCAAGCGUUGCCAUAUCCAAAACCUGUGCGUUAUGCAAAAAAUGAGCUACUUCACCCCUGCACUCUUCUUGUGCCUGGAUGUGUGUGUGGUGCACGCCAUCCGCUUGGCCCAUUUGUCAUCUCCCCUGCUCUCCCAUCCGUUGAUCACCCUGUGGGGAGGAGGGUUGGCCAGGGCUUGCCUCCUCGCCCUCUUCACCCUUACCUCCCCUGGAAGCCUGGCGUGGAUGUGGAGCUUCGAGGGGAUUCAGAGCUUAGCGGUCCUUUGCUUCCACUUCCCUGUGUACAUCACUCUUCUCUGGGCUCUAGAUCAGCCUACCUUGGAGGAAGUGUGGGGGUGGCACUCCUGGGAAAGGGUGUUACAGGGUUAUCUUGUGACGGCAGUGGCAUGGCUUUACUGGAGUCGAUAUGUGUCAUCACUUUUGCUCUCAUGUGGUCAAUCCAUCUCCUCUCUGAUGAAGAAGGCGCCAUCUGAGAAGCCAAAAGAAGACACCUCUGACCCUCUGAAGAGGCUGAUUGGAUACAUGCGUCCCUAUCUCAGGCGCUUUGUUUCUGUGCUGAUUCUUGUGGUCCUCUCUUCUUAUGGUGAGAUGGCAAUCCCUAAAUACACUGGUCGUGUGGCGGACUGGAUCAUAAAUGAAGAAUUACCGGAUGCAUUCACAGAGGCCAUCACAGUCAUGACACUUAUGACUAUUGUCAGUGCUGUGCUUGAGUUUGUAUGUGACCUCAUGUACAACGUCACCAUGAGCCUCAUACACACCUCAGUGCAGGGGGCCGUCUUCAAGGCUGUGCUGAAACAGGAUAUUGCUUUCUUUGAGGCAACUUCAACAGGUGAACUAGUGUCCCGGGUUACCACUGAUACAAACGACAUGAGCGAGGCACUGAGCGAGAAACUAAGUCUUGUAAUGUGGUACACGGCGCGUUUUGGCUUCCUCAUGUUCUUCAUGGUGAGCCAGUCAUGGAAAAUGUCUCUGCUUACCUGUAUGGGACUGCCUAUCAUCUGGGUCAUACCCAAACUCACUGGACACUUUCACCAGACUAUUGCUGCACAGGUUCAGGAGUCACUUGCUAAGGCCAACCAGGUUGCCACUGAGACUUUCUCCAACAUGAAGACGGUGAGGAGCUUUGCCAAUGAAGAUGGAGAGACAGAGAGGUACAGACAGCGGCUAGAGGAUACCUACUCCCUCAACAAAAAGGAAGCAGUGGCCUAUGCAACCUCUACCUGGGCUAAUAGUAUGACGACCCUGGCCCUGAAGGUGUGCAUUCUGUACUAUGGAGGGAUCCUUGUGACCAAGGGGGACGUCAGCAGUGGAGACUUGGUGUCGUACGUCCUCUAUGAGCUGCAGUUUGCCUCUGCUGUAGAGGCUGUCAUGCAUUAUUACCCGGCAGUGAGGAAGGCCAUUGGUGCAUCUGAGAAAAUCUUUGAAUAUUUAGAUCGCAACCCUCAAUUACCACCAAAUGGCACUUUGAGCCCUGAAGAUCUUCAGGGACACAUUCAGUUCAAAAAAGUCACAUUUUCCUAUCCCGGGAGUACAGACAAUGGCAAUCCUGUGCUCAAGGAAGUUUCUCUGGAUAUAAAGCCAGGCAAAGUCACUGCCAUCGUUGGGCUCAACAGAUCGGGGAAGUCCACUUGCGUCAAGCUGUUGGAGAGAUUCUACCAGCCCCAAGCAGGGGAGAUCCUAUUGGAUGGGAAACCACUGACAAACUACAAAGACCAGUACCUACAUGACAACAUUGCUGUGGUGAGCCAAGAUUGUGUGCUGUUUGCCCGCUCUGUGCGGGAGAACAUCAAGUAUGGCUACGAGGAUGCCUCUGAUGAGGAUAUGUACAGAGCGGCCAAGCUGGCCAGUGCCCACGACUUCAUCACGGAGCUGUCAAGUGGAUACGACACAGAUGCUGGGGAGAAGGGAGGCCAGGUUUCUGGAGGACAGAAGCAACGCAUUGCGAUUGCCAGAGCUUUAAUCAGACGUCCCAAAAUCCUGAUCCUGGACAACGCCACCAGUGACUUGGACACAGAGAAUGAACAUCAGGUGAAGAAAGCUGUUGAGUCUUUAAACCAAACCGACAACUGCACUGUGCUGUUGAUAUCCAACAGGAUGAGUGUUGUAGAGAAGGCCAAUCAUAUAUUUGUCCUGGACAAUGGUAAGCUGAAGGAGGAGGGCAGUCAUGAUGAGCUGGUGGGAAAAGGCGGCCUCUAUGCUGAACUGUUGAGAAAGCAGAAUAUGGGCUUUCACCGUUAAGAAGAGGUGAAGAAUGAUGCUCAGUGAUACGUGCGUGCAGGGGUUGGCCUCAAUUCAGAAAAAGCAGAUGUGUUACCUGAAAGUUGCUGGUUAAAAAUCCAGACACGAAGAGUCAAAAUUGAUUACAUCCAUACAUACAAGUGUUGUGAGUAUUUGCCUAUUAGGGAUAUUUCCCUACUUCAUGCACUUUUGAAGGUGAAGUUGCUAUAUGCCAAUAUGGGUGUAAAUGGGAAUCAUCUUGAAGAUAGUUUAUGACAAUUACACACUAGUUUGCUUCACACACACUUUUUUUCUUGCUGCAAAUAGAUGUAGAACAGAUCAAAUAGAUUAGAUCAUAGAGAUUUAAGAUGGUGUGUUUCUAAAUGAUGGGAUUUUAAUGUUUAUGUUUUUUAUAUUCCUCCUUGUUUUUUGUUUUUUUUAUCAAAGUGUUUGAUAGCUUUUCCUGCAUUACUAUCAGAAUGAAUUAUUACAGCUUGAACUUUUUUGUUUCUAACAUUAUAAUACAUGGCUAAAAGGGCUUAUUUUGUAUAUGGCCCUCAAACUACUGCUGAUUUUAUUUUUAUUUUGUAUUUAUUCUGAAGCUUUAUGACUUGACAUAACUUUAAGAUAUGUUAUUUUAAAAAAACAUUUUAAGGAAAUUCUUUAUGGACUAGUCAUGGGCAAUGGCAAAAAUGCAACAAAAGUUUAAUGAUAUGCAAAAUUGAAGAAAAUGAUUUCCAAAGUAUGGCUAGAACGUUAACUUUAUUUCUGUUUCUGUUUCUUUGUAAGUUCAUCUGAUCCUGUUGGUCCUAAUGCAAACAUGAUAGUAUGUGAUAAAUUGUAAAAAAAAUAAAUUAUGAUUUCACCAA